AUGAGAUGGCAUGCAGAACAUACUCAGAAAGAAGGCGAGAUCAAUCAUCCCUCUGAUGCAAAAGCGUGGAAACACUUGAAUUCGGUGUACCCUGAUUUUGCAAGCAACCCCAGCAAAGUUUAUCUUGGGCUCUGCACAGAUGGAUUUAGUCCAUUUGGAAUGUCUGGAAGACAAUAUUCGCUUUGGCCAGUCUUCUUGACGCCAUACAACCUUCCACCAGAGAUGUGUAUGGAAAAGGAAUUGCUUUUCAUGAGUAUAUUGAUACCUGGGCCAAAACAUCCAAAGAGGUCCCUUGAUGUUUUUCUACAGCCUUUGAUAGAAGAAUUGAAGGAAUUAUGGUCAACAGGCGUGCAUACAUAUGAUUGUUCAACGAGAACAAACUUUACAACGCGAGCAGUUCUUUUGUGGACCAUUAGUGACUUUCCUGCAUACGGGAUGUUGUCAGGUUGGACGACGCAUGGAAGGCUAUCUUGUCCUUAUUGUAUGGGAAGCACAGACGCGUUUCAGCUGAAGAAUGGUAGGAAGACUUCCUGGUUUGAUUGUCAUCGAAGAUUUCUUCCAAUUAACCAUCCAUACCGAAGGAACAAGAAAUUGUUUCGGUCAAAAAGGGUUGUACGAGACGCCGCUCCACCAUAUUUAUCUGGAGAGGAAAUCGAGAAGGAUAUUGAUUACUAUGGUGGACAAGACACAGUCAAGAAAGACGGUAAUUGGCAUACUACUGUAAAUAUGUCUGCUGGUUACGGGACACAGCAUAAUUGGCACAAGAAGAGUAUAUUUUGGGAACUUCCAUAUUGGAAAUAUCUACUUCUACGCUACAAUCUUGAUGUGAUGCAUAUAGAGAAGAACUUCUUUGACAACAUCAUCAAUAUAUUGUUGAACGUCCUCGGGAAGACAAAAGAUAACAAGAACUCAAGGUUGGAUUUGCCUACAUUAUGUUCUAGGAUUGAGCUGCAUAUUAGAAACGAUGGGAAAAUUCCGGUUCCCAUUUUCAGAUUGUCAACAGAAGCAAAAGCAGCGUUGUUCAAGUGGGUGGCAUCAGAUGUGAAGUUUUCUGAUGGAUAUGUUUCAAAUCUAUCAAGAUUUGUUGAUCAGCAGGGAUAA